AUGGAUUAUCGUUUACUGGUGAAAAUACUCAGCUUUUUGCUGCUCGCUCAGCUGUCGACAGCGCAGUCUGCCUCGCAAUCGCAAACAGAUUACGGCGAGGAGCCGCCAGAGGGUUAUUAUGCAUUUGUUGAGUCUCCGAAUGCUGUGCCGCCACGAGUGCGUCCACCGCCGUACACGUUCAUCAAUGCGGAUUGCAAGGAUGUGGCCACCGGCAAGAAGUCGGCGGUGUCUGUACACAACAUUUGCGGCGAUUUGAAUAAGGGACAAAUACCCAAGAAUCCGUUGGGUCAGAAUGUCCUUGGGGAACCAUAUCCCUUCGAACUGAUACGCAAUCAGACACUGAAGUUUCUGUCCAAGACGUUGCCCGUGCUUAAGGCGGACGAUACACUGCCCAAGGUAACACAGAUUAUACGCGAUGAGCCGGUGGAUCAGCUGGACAAUAACAAUAUCGAUCGGCAUUAUGCCACACGCGUCACACGCAGCUUGCCGGAUGGCGUGGUGUCCAAUGAGUACAGCUACUUUGAUCCCGCUCUGGACGAGGAAGAUCAGCAGCAGAAGAAGCUGCACGAGCAACGACGCGCCGUUGAGGAACGUAAGCCACGUAAAUUCUGCGAUGGAGGUGGAGUCUUCUGCACGUUGUAUCGCGCCAUUCAGGGCGACACCAGCCCCGCUGUGUCCGCUGCGCAGACGGCGGAGCGUCGCGAGGAAGUGGGGCCCAUACGCUAUGAGGGACCGCCUACACCCUGCCCCGCCAAGGUGGAGUAUGCCACGCCCGUCUUUGCCAAGAACUAUCAAGGCGCCUGGCGCUAUGUGGUUCAGAUACCCUAUGAAGGUUACUUCACGCAGACUGUGGAGGUGACGCGCUGCAUUCAGGCACGCUGCCACUAUCUGGAUGGCGGCUGUUUGUCUUCGCCACGCUGGGUCAGUCUGCUGGUCGCUGAGAUUUUCUAUCCCAAUGCCGAGGAUACGGUGCCAAGUAGCAGCACAACGACGCCAGCUCCAUCUGUGCAGGAUUUCCAGGCCUAUCAGCAGUAUCUGCAGAAGCGUGCCGGCGUGGCCAAUGCCUCCGAUGGCAGCACAGGUGUCCAGGGUGCAGGUGCCCAAAGUGCUCCAGCCGAUGCGCACUGCGAUGGACACGAUGAGCUGGGCUGCUUCCAGGUGCGGCUCUACUACGAUUGGUUCUUGAUACCCGGCUCCUGCAAAUGCUGGCGUCCCGACUAUUUCGCCAAAUACGUGCGCCGAAAGUCCGUCGCCGAUUUGUAGACAACUAGAAUAAGCC